UGCGCACGCAGCCUCAGCUUCUUUCCCUUGUGCCCCCGCCCUUUCUCUUCCCGGUUUUCCAGUCAGCUGGCGGGUCCAGCCUGGUGGCUGCUUCCGGGAGAAACGCGGUGCAGGGCGAGUCGGUCUUAGCUGCUUGUCAUGUCCUACGGUCCCUUAGACAUGUAUCGGAACCCGGGGCCCUCUGUGCCGCAGCUGCGGGACUUCAACAGCAUCAUCCAGACAUGCAGCGGCAACAUUCAGCGGAUCAGCCAAGCCACUGCUCAGAUAAAGAAUUUGAUGAGCCAACUAGGAACUAAGCAGGACUCAAGCAAGCUGCAGGAAAAUCUGCAACAGUUACAACACUCUACAAAUCAGCUUGCCAAGGAAACAAAUGAAUUACUGAAGGAAUUAGGGUCCUUGCCCCUUCCCUUAUCUACUUCAGAACAGCGCCAGCAGAAACUCCAGAAAGAACGCCUCAUGAAUGACUUCUCUGCAGCCUUGAACAAUUUCCAGGCUGUGCAGAGAAGGGUCUCUGAAAAGGAAAAGGAGAGUAUUGCCAGAGCAAGAGCUGGAUCUCGUCUUUCUGCGGAGGAGAGGCAAAGAGAGGAGCAGCUUGUCUCAUUUGAUGGCCAUGAGGAGUGGAACCAGAUGCAGAGCCAGGAGGAUGAGGUAGCCAUCACCGAGCAGGAUCUGGAACAUAUUAAAGAGAGGGAAACAGCAAUUCGGCAGCUGGAGGCUGACAUUUUGGAUGUCAAUCAGAUAUUUAAAGAUUUGGCCAUGAUGAUCCAUGACCAAGGUGAUCUGAUUGAUAGCAUAGAAGCCAAUGUGGAAAGCUCAGAGGUGCAUGUAGAACGAGCCACUGAUCAGUUACAGAGGGCUGCUUACUAUCAGAAAAAGUCUCGCAAGAAGAUCUGUAUCCUGGUGCUUGUCCUGUCAGUGAUUAUUGUAAUCUUGGGACUUAUUAUCUGGCAAGUUAGUAAAUGAAGUGACAGCCUCAGAACCUUCUCCUGCUGACCUGUUUUCAAGGGCAACUGCUUGUUAAAGUCUUGCCAGAACAAACUGAUCUCAAGAAGAAAGCAUACACCAGAACAUCCUAUGAUAAUUUAGUUAGAAGCUAACUACUAACUAGUCCUUGGAAUUAGUGACUGUGGAGACAGUAUCAAUUUAUGUAUACAUUUUAUUGAUUUCUCACAUUAGGAAUCAAUUCAUGUGGAUUUUGCUUUCUCUUGUAUUCUAAUCACCUUUCAUCCCAAGUAUUUACUGAAAAUUCCAUUUUAGAUAUUGUUUUGACAGGUGACACUACAGUCUUGUAAUACUGUCUUUUUACGUGUAUACAAGAUUUACCUUUUUAUUGGCAACUGAGGUAGAAUUAUUUUCUGGAACCCAGCAUAUUGGAGUUGGUCAGGUACUAUAUAACAAGCCAGCACUUUGUAUUAUUUGACAUUUUUAAUUUGAAUUUCUGAGAAGUCUGUUCUCUAUCUGCUUUGAAAGAUUUUGGCCAUGUAACUAGAAAGUAAAAAAUUGCACAUGUGAUCCAGAUUAAAAUUAUCUAUUUGAGCUGGCCAGUUGUUGGGGUACAUGUUAAUAUGGGUUUAAAGCUUAUUAUCUGUUAGUGCUGUCCACAACAGCUCAUCCACACUAAACCAUCUCGUUCACUUUUUGAAGAGGUUAAUUUAAUUAACAUUAUUAUAUUAUGUGGGGGUCCCUCUUCCCCUGUCUGUAUAGAAAAGGAGAAUUAGACAAAGCAUGCUUUUGGAAAGUGAAUAGAAAUUGUUUGGAAUGAUUUAAUCUUUUUGUUGUUGUUCACUUGUGGUUCUACAUUCCUGGUGAAUAAUGAAUGUUGCUGUCAAAAGGCUACUACCCCCCAACCCUAUAAGGGUUGGUGGGCAUUUGAUGUCAGGAAGAUUUUAAAAGCUAGACUGAAGUUGAUUUAAGAUUUAGUCCUGUGAACCUGGUAAUAAAGCAAAGAAAAGGUUCAUUUUUAUAAAUAAUACUGGUUUGGAAUAGUGGUGUCAGACUUACCCUAAUUUAUGAACAAGAGAUUUAAUCUCUCCAUGAAUAGUUUUAGACAAAAAAUGUUUCAAUAAAAGAUUGCUGUCUUGUAAUAUGAAUGUUGUCCUCUUCCCUUUUUCAGAGGUCUAGAGCAGCUAAAGGAAUAUAAUUUCUUUAGGCUUUCACACAAAUGUGAAUUUCAGUUCAACAAUUUCAGUUCAUCCUUCAGUGAGUUAGAGGAUUUGGCUAUCCUGGAUAUAUUUAUAUUCAUUUCUUCCACUCCCUUCAGUGUUACUUAAUCUUCUUUAAACUAAUGUGAAUAGUUGGUAAACAAGGGCCCAAUGCAUACGUUUCUUUGCACUCUUUCACAAAUAAACAUCUUAAAAACUUUUUUAGUAAAUUUUUAUGAGUUAAAUCCUAAUGCAGUAGAUAUUAGAUAAUGUGCUAUCCAGAGAAAAACAGAACUGUAAGAAAAUCAGGUGAGGAUUAGUUUGGGGGUGGCUUAGGUGCUGCUUUCCAUUCCUCGAAAAAGGAUGGAGCUAUUGGGGUGUCACAGGGGCUCACGCAGUAGUUUCAGAGCCAGUUCCUUGAUUCUACAAUCACUGCUCCUU